CGAUUAUCGGUCGACCGGUCAGGCACUGCUCAAGCGCUCAAGGCUGUAGCAUGCAAUGUAUUUCGGCUCCCCUUUGGUGAGCAUCUUGAACGACUGUUGAAGCUGUACUACGACACUCUUUAACAUGACUGCUUGAGUGAGGCCGCGUUAUACUUCAUGGUGUUCUAAUACAACACGCUAUGGAAUACAGCUCCAGCUGCGCCUAAGUUUUGCGGCCACAUAAUAAAAUUAGUCAGGUCCGGUCUGUGAAUGUUAUACAGGCUCACUGCCUUCGCUAAAGACUCAUCUGACGUGAAAGCUAACACCUGACUUUCCGAUAUAAAGAGCACGAACGACAGACGAACACAUCAAGCCGCUGCAACUCCCACCACCACCAUGCUGCAUCUGCUGUGUAUCGCUCUGUCUCUUUUCUUAUCCCUUCAGCUCGCUGUUGCAGACCCUGCCUCAACAGUCUCACGAGUUCCACGUCACUCCAAGUCAUCGUCACUAGUACUGACCAAGUCUGUACUAUCAGCUCUCUUGGUUCCCCGAGGGAAGUUCACUGCUCGACAAGGAUGCCCCAGCGGAUAUCAGCAAUGUACCAACUACCCGGACGCAUGUGCCCCUACUGGCAGCUUCUGUUGCAGCGAUUCGUAUAACUGUCCAGACGGCACCACUUGCUUCGAAUCCGAAUGUUGUCCCAGUACCGCGCAAACGUGUAAUGGAAAUGCCUGCUGCAACCCUGGUAGUGAAUGCUGCAGCGACGACACCUGCUGUGAAUCCGGCUACUCCUGCUGCAAUGACUCUACCGGGGGAUGCUGCCCUACUGGAACUACGUGCAUCGCCAAUUCUGAUCAAUGUUCCGCUGGAGGCUCAAGUUCUGUGGGUGGAAGCAGUGUACCCACUAGCAUUACGGUUACUACUCCGUCCAAGUCCACUGUGCUGCCAGGAACCACUUCUAGCAGCAGUCCUGUAAU